AUGCCGGACACAUCAGGAUGUGGGAACGAUCCGGAAUCGGACAAUGUUGAAGCUGGCAAGCAAAACGAUCUAUUAUCGCGCUGGUCCGCGAUAUGUUCUCCUCAAGUGUCUACUUCCACUAACACACAGUCAGCUACACCCAGCUCAACAGCUGUAACGAAUGGUUCCGUGACUACAAAUGGCACCCAGUCUUGUCAGAAGAAACGUGAACGCGAACGACGGCUUUGGGAGAGAUUCUCUAGCGAAGUUGAUAGGAAACGGGCAAAGAAGCUAAUGGGAGAAAUUGAAAAGGUGGUUGGUCCUAUCAUAAUUCGUUAUAUUGGAAAUCGAGAAGAUGCCACUAAAAAGAAGAAAGAAUGGAUUAUAAAACAGGUUAGUAAAGAGAUGCUGAAACGCGAGUCGGAACGGCCUGAUUUUAACUUUACACUAACAGAAAAAGGCUCCAAGCGGGUAAGA